ACAGAAGUGAAUUGAAAUUUUUGUCGGCUGUACACCGUGCUUCAGAAGUAAAUUCUGCACGUCGUUAGAAAUGAUUCGCAAAGAAGUAUACGUUAAACUAAUUUUGUGCCUGUGCUUGUUAUUACAGUCGGUAGUAGCAGAUUUUCAACUCGAAUUAGUACAAGUUAUAUUCAGGCAUGGUGAUCGAACACCAAGCAGUACAGAGCUGUUUCCCAAAGCACCACUUCUUCCUAUUUAUGAAACGCUGGGUAACGGUCAAUUAACCGAGGCAGGGAAGAUGAGAGAAUAUCACCUUGGGACACUGUUGAAGCAAAAGUAUAAUACAUUAUUGGGUAAUUCUCCUCGAUAUAGCGAUGUUAAUGCUCGCAGUACGGAUUUUCAACGGACAAAAAUGUCCGUGCAGCUAGUUCUGAAAGGAUUAUAUCCUUCGACAGACACUACAUCGAAUCAAAUGGAUUGGUCUGCUGUACCAAUAGUAAACUUACCAAUAAUCGUGGACUCACUUAUGUUCCUGACAGCUUGUCCAACAUAUCAAAACGAAUUGAAGAAAGUAAAAAAUUCAACAAUAGUUCGUAUAAAACUAUCAAAGUACAAAGACCUUUUUGACUAUCUUCAGGAGAACACCGGUUCCGAUAUGACCUCGGACCCAAUAAUAGGAACUAGCAAAAUCUACCAGUACCUAGCAUCACAGAAAGGUAUGAAUAUUACCCUUCCACAAUGGGCCACUGCAAAUGUUCAGAAGAGAAUAGAAGAAAUUGUGGCACUAGAUUAUGAACUUCAAUCUGCCACAAUUAAAAUGAAACGACUGUCUGGAGGUGCGUUUGUAAAGCAACUUAUAGAAAAUAUGAAUUUCAAAGGAAAUACAACUGCACCAAAGAUUUAUUUAUACGGCGGACACGAAAUAAACAUUGCGUCUGUUUCUAAAGCCCAUGGAUUAACUGAACCGAAAAUCCCCCAGUAUGGAUCUGCAAUUAUAGUUGAAAAAUUGCGAAACGACAGUGGUAAAGAGUUCGUUCAAAUGUUCCUUUGGACUGGCGUUACAGGAAACUUAAUCGCUUACACCCUUCCUAAGUGCACUACAUUAUGUCCAUACGAUACGUAUAUAAGGAUCGUGAAAAAUAUUAUCCCGACGAAUGAAGAAUUAGAUUGCUUGUGGAACAACGUAACGAAAGAUCAACUACGUCAGUAUUAUAGUAGAAACCAAAUUGGACUAAAGUGAUUUAAACUUUUUAAGUACGCGAAAUAAACGAAAUAUCGAUCUUUCCAUUCCCUUAGAUGUAUCCUUAAGCGAAUUUACGAGAAAAUUUUAUUGCGAAUAAGACUACAAAAAAAGAUUUAAAUCUAAGAAAUCUCAUAACAAAUAUGUAUAAUUCUUCAGUUAAUUUCAUAAACAGCGUUGAUAAAAGAGACCCACUCCGUGAUCUGAUGCUUCACCAAACUUGAUACUUUGCUUCCACUCUCUACAAACAACUAAAUCCGCAAUCGCGACCAAAAACAGUCAAAAAUUCAACGACACGAUGAUAAUGUUUUCUUUAGUCACACCAGUGGCGCGUUAUCCUAUGGGCAAAAAGAGCAAUUGCCCGGAGCCUCCACCAACGAGGUGGGCCCAAAACCAAUCUUUUAUAACCUCAAUGUCGAAAGUUAAAAACUGCGGUAAUUAUUUGCCAAAAUUUUUGGCCAUUUAAAAGUUGUUCAAAAUAUUGAUCCCCCCCCACAAGAAAAAAUUCCUGAAGAAAAAUGUCUGACUCCAACACUGUACAUGGGGCCCCCAAAUUCAAAUUUGCCCGGGGCCUCAUGAAGCUAUAACGCGCCACUCACAAUGAAUGGAACCCAUUUGCGAAAAUGCGACUAAUUGAUGUUCUCUUUGAGUUAGAUCAGAAAAAAGAAACUAUUGUGAACCUCGAAAGUUUUUAGAAUAGGAUGGGUUUUGGUUGUCUAAAGAGGUGUGAAAGCCUAGUGGGUUGGGAUUUCCAUGUUAUGGACGAAAGAACGGACGAGA